GAAUCAUGAAACCAGUCUUCUGUGGGAACUUUGAGUAUGAUGCGCGUGAAGGUGAUCUUGAACGGCUGUUCAGGAAAUACGGAAGGGUCGAGAGGGUGGAUAUGAAAGCUGGAUGUCCAGCCCAUGGAUGGACCGACCUUAAGGAAAUAUCCAUCUCAUUCUCUUCCCUCAAAACGAGUCUCACUUUCCAUCCACAAUGACAUUUGCCAUCUUAACCUGCAUUUCAUUCUUCAUCGCAUUCCACUCUACAUGCCUCUUGGAAACAUUUCAUUCACAUCCCCCCGUCUGACUUCCACAUUUUCACUUCUUCCUUGACAUAUUAUUUCCCAUAAUGCAAGGGUUUGCUUUCGUGUACAUGGAAGAUGAGAGGGAUGCUGAAGAUGCUAUCCGAGCCCUUGACCGCAUUGAAUUUGGACGUAAGGGACGCAGACUCCGUGUUGAGUGGACAAAGGGUGAGCGUGGAGGUGAUAGAAGAUCUGGUGGUGGUUCAAGGAGAUCCUCAUCCAUGAGGCCUUCCAAGACUCUGUUUGUGAUCAACUUCGAUGCAGAUAACACUAGGACCCGGGAUCUAGAGAGACACUUUGAACCAUAUGGCAAAAUUGUGAACGUUAGGAUCCGGAGGAACUUUGCAUUUGUCCAAUACGAGGAGCAAGAGGAUGCCACUAGAGCAUUGGAUGCUACCAAUAACAGUAAGCUGAUGGAUAAGGUGAUCUCGGUGGAGUAUGCAAUGAAAGAUGAUGAUGCAAGAGGGAACGGACACAGUCCUGAAAGACGCCGCGACAGGUCACCAGAAAGGAGAAGGCGAUCACCUAGUCCUUACAAGAGAGAAAGAGGGAGCCCUGACUAUGGCCGAGGUGGUAGUCCCGUUGCUGCAUACAAAAGGGAAAGGACCAGUCCUGAUUACGGCAGAAGACGUAGCCCAAGUCCUUACAAGAGAACAAGGCGUAGCAGUCCCGAGUAUGGUCGCGACCGCCACAGAGGCAAUGAGAGUCCUCGGAGGAGGGAGAGGGGUGCAAGUCCCAGGUACAGCCGCAGUCCUGACAACAAGAGAGAGAGGGUGAGCCCUGAUCACAGCCCGUUUAAGAAGGAGAGCUCGAAGAAUGGAGAUGGUGAGGUUGAUAGCCCAAAUGAAAGGAGGGAGAGGUCGAGGUCUAGCCCUGAGAAUGGCCAAGUUGAAAGCCCUGGCUCUAUUGGGAGGAGGGACAGUGAUGGUGGCUAUGAUGGUGCUGAUAGCCCAAUGCAGAAGAGCCGGUCUCGUUCGCCUCCAGCUGAAGAGUGAAUGAAAAGUGGAUCCAACCAUCUCUAUCAAAGUAGGAUGUCAGCUGAAGAGUGAAUGAAAAGUGGAUCCAACCUUCUCUAUCAAAGUAGGAUGUUGUACCUGUUCUGUAGUCAAACUCUGUGUCCUGUGUUUAGUCUCUUUGUCUUCUGAUACCUUUGAACUCGGAUCUCUUUUAUUGUUGGAUUGAUAAACUCUCUCUUGUGUGCUUAAAAUGUUCCAAUGUUACUGAAUUGUUCG